UUUUGAAAAUGAGAGAUAAUCUCAUUGACACCAAUAAAAUACUCAAAAGUGUUAGACAGGUCAGAUGUUUACCCUGCUUGAGCAGUCUAAAAUAAGGGGACAUAAUUUAAAAAUAAGGGGGAUUCCACUUUGGUCAGAAAUAAAGAGAAGUUAUUUUACACUGAGAAUUGUGAACUUUUGGAGAUCCCCAACACAGAGGGCUGUGUAGGCCCAGACUUUCAGUGUGUUUCGGAUACAGCUUGUUAGAUUUCUGAUUACCAGUGGUGUACAUCUUUAUGGGUAAAGAUAUUUAGGUAUUUGAGUGGCAGGACAGACUCGAUGAACUCAAUGUUCCUAUGUUCCCUCACCAGAGACUGGCAUGGGUCAUUGAAAACUGAGGCCCUCAGCCAGAAGACUGAUCAUAGGAAGCAACACAGUUUUUAGAGUUUAGUCAGAAUUUCACCUGUUUGCAGGCUCAGGCCUCAAGCAAAAUAACAGUAUUCACAGCCAUACCUCUGCAGGAUCUGCACAGAGCAUUGUCCAAGUAUCAUUGGCGCACUUAUGAGGCAGAUCCAAAAUGAAGAAAUUCUCUUGCAACAGUUGUCUUUGAGUUGGGGUAAGCAUGUCUGGUGUCAUGCCGUUAUUUUGGAAGCUUGAAUUAUUUGAUUAUACCACUGAAGACCGGGCCUGGUAUGCAGAAAGAAUGGGAUACUUUUUCAAGGCAAAUGACAUUGGGGCAAAUGAAAAACAACUCGUAAUUCCCCGACAGCUUGUGGAUCUGCAACUUUUUCAGUUAUUAGGAGCUUAAUGUUUCCCAAGGCACCAGAUGCUAAAGCCUUUUAAGAGUUGACAGAAUUUAACUCUGUUCCACAAGCCUCCUCUAACUCUGAGAUGAUAUUGGCUUUACUUGGCAGUUCGAAAACCAAGGGAGUCUGUGUCAGGACUUUUGACUAGGAUAGGUUGACUUGCAGAGGCAUGUGAUUUUGGUUUAAUUCUUAACGAGAUACUGAAAGACCAUUUGGUAUGUGGGAUUAAUGAUGUAACCAAGCAAAAACACCUACUAGCUGAAACUCAAUUAGACUUUAAUAGGCAGUAUAAUGGCUUUGUCAUCAGAAAAUGUGACAAGUGGAGCAUAUGAAUUAUAGGGUGUGCCAAUAGAAGUAGACACCCUUGCCAGGCCAACUGAUCUUGGGGACACCUCUUGAAUGAUAACAAUUGUGUAGUCUCAGUCAGGAUAUAUCCUGAACAGAGUAAGAUCUGGCUCUGAGGAAGCCAGACCAGUGUCAAGUACUAUUUGUGUGUAAAUAAAGGGUGACUGGGUAAUGGGACACUGGCCUCUGUGGAGUUAUUUCACAAAUGCAAUUGCGAGUGGUGGAGUCACAUAUGGUUUCACCUUUGUUAUCCAUCACAACAGAGGACCUCAAGGAUCUUGAAUUGGUCGAUGAGGACACUGGGAGCUUACACUUCAUCUGAACAUUAAGUAAUGCAAGGUUGAUGGCAUAUAAAGAAGGAGAUCACUUGGGCCUGUACACUGCUGAGGUACCUGGGGAGGAAGGCAGCAUUCCAUAUCGGUGACUCCAUGACAACGUAAGAGCAAAAUCCGAUAUGACGACCCUGAAAUCUCCACCGACCGAACGCAAUCCCCACAAAAAUACCAAGAGCUCUGCAAAUCCUCCUCCACUUUGGUGACUGCCGAGUUCUGCAAUUGGUCGUUUUAUCUCCAGUAUUUACGAAGCACUUGUCAUUUUCUAUGAAAAGCAGGAAUGAAAUGAGCGCGGAAGCAACUCCUUGAGGUCGGUGCAAAAAGGUCUCCCCCAGGCGUUGCCUGAAUUAAUCUAUCCACUUGAUACAGGCAGAGAUGAUCUCUGUGUGGUCUUGGUACAGUCCACGCCCUACUGUGUAACGGCGCCUCGCACCUGGGGGAACAUACCAGAGGGUCGUAUCCACGUCUUAAUCUGGGAUAUAUUUCCCAGGUUGGCGAUGUGGGGAAAGUUGGGGAGCUGCUGCAGAUGAACCAAACCGCGACUUGAUUUUGAAAAAUGAUUCAUACCAUAUCUAUUCGUUUCACUUCCAACAUGCGGCUCGCCUACAUUUAAAACGUUUUCAGUCAGUUUUGCACAUAGUUAAAUUAGCAUUGAUGUGCUCCAGUGUGAAAUGUUAUUUCGAAAAGAAACGAAAACAUGCACCGCCCACGACAGUCGAAAGUGCACCUCCAGUCAAUUCGGACUUUAUUUGAGUUUUACACAUUCUGACAAUAUGUCCGAGCUUCGGUACAAAGGAGUUUGUUACAAUUCCAGUGAUCAAGCGGCAGGCUUACCAAUUGCAACAGUAUCUAUAAGGUGACAUCUUCGGUCGACAAUAGGAAACCGCUUUCCAAUGCAUGGAGGCGGGAGAAUAAUAAUAAAUGUUUAUUGUGUGUGAAUCCGACCACUCACAACCCAAUGUAUCUGUAACACCUCCCCAAAAGGGGGUGAUGUCAUGUAGCCAAAGUUGGUAAUAAGGAGGAGCGAUAGGCUUUUUUGUACAUUGCUGCCUGACUGUGUUGUCUGAGGUACAUUGCUCCUUCAGUGUGUUGUCUAGAGCAGACUAUUGUAGAAUUGCUUGGUUCUAGCUGUGCAGUUUAGGAGGGAGGGAAAUAUCAGUGACUGCAAAAAAACUAACGUCUGAAACUUGCAUUGGCUUGUCUGGAGCUUAUUUUACACUGUUUUGAAAGUGUAGAUUUUCCCCUCUCUUGUGUUUUCUGCGAAUUAGUUCUGCAUGAACCACGAUCAAAUCCCUGUAGUAAAUCUGAAUGCAGCCAGACAUGCUGGAAGGUGCCUUAGAAAAAGGAACCGCAGCCUCGGCAGUGUCCUCAGCAAUGUUCUGCAGAAAAGGAAGUGCAUUUCACGGUCUGCACCUCGAUUGCUCUGCACCUUAGAAUCAGGCGCUGAUCCACGAGUGAAGGUUAACACCGAAUGUUUGCCUGUACAAAAUGAAUUUCAGCAGAUCCUUAUGAACAAUACCCCAUUUUUUGGACAACAGUAUGGGACAGCAAUCUGUUCUGAGAUAUACCAUAAGUGGUUUGAGACCUGUCGAGCUAUUGUUUGGUUACCAGCAGGAAUUCCCAAGCGGUGGAGGCCAAGGGUUUGGAUAACGUUGGCAGACCAUCACCUUCAAAGUAUCUCCAUUGACUGGGAAAAAAUCAAGCAUUUUUUCCUUAAUGAGCAAAGAAACCCAAAUGAGGAUGCAUUAGGAAUCCAGAUAGACAAGGUCCUGGUCUAUCUACUUGACAGAGUUCUUCCAGACAAUUAUUUUGCCAGCAAUCUCAGUGCUUUGACCGUUGAUGUUGCAGUCUUCCAUGAUCUGUUAAGAAUUAAACUCCCUGAACUUUCACAACAUCUGGACCGUCUUUGCACAGCAGCCAAAAAACCCAAUGAUGGGAGAUGCAUGCUACCACUUACCAGUGUCAUCACCAUGCAGUGGUUUCUGACUCUCUUCACUUCCUGUCUUCAAAAAGACACCAUCCUCCGGGUUUGGGAUGCCAUCUUGUUUGAAGGGUCAGAGGUGCUAUUUCGAGUGGCUCUAGCGUUAUGGACUCAACUUGGAGAGUGGAUCAAGAAGUGUCAGAGCCCUGAUGAGAUUACAAAAUGGCUGAAUCAGGAGAUGAUGGAGACUAAUUUGAUGGACUGCAGUGAGUUGAUGCAGGCUGUGUAUUCAAUGGAAACUUUUCCCUUCCCACAAGUGGUUGAACUGAGAGAGAAGUACAGUCCUUCCUCAUUCCAAGCAAGGGUCGAUGCCUCAAGCCAUCAGUUGAAGGAAGCUCAGUGCAAGGGAAAAGCAUCAAAUGAAAUUCAUGGAAUUGACACUUUCCUUUCUGCAGUGGGCUGCCCCCGGGCACAUAAUCCAUUACACUGUCAGAAAACAGCUCAAAAUGAAAAGCGAAAAAGCAGCUGUAAUGUGGGAAAGACUGUUCCAGCCACAAUUGCUGAGAGUGUAUCACAGCCUCAAAUAGCAGUAAACAACACAGAGUACACAGCAACGCAUACACCCGUGUUGAAGCAACAGUACUCAAAAAUGACCAAGAGACAGCAACAAAACCAGUACCUAACUCCCAGACAUGGUAACAAUGAAUCUUGCUCUCCUGGGACACCACUUCGUUCCAAAAAGUCUAAAGUUAUAAAUCGAUUCCUUGGUGGAAAAACAUUAAAGAACAGCAGCAAAAGUAACCGAGUUCACCACACCCCAAAUCCCAGGACACCUCAGCCCAUACAGAAACAACAGAAAAAUAAGAUAACUGUCCCUUGGUGUUCUCAAAACAGAGUCCCCCGGAACGUCUUGACCAGGAAUCUGAAGGUUAAGUCAGGCUGCAGUGAUACAGUAGGCCUGCUGGAAGACCAGACAGAUAGCACCAAGGCAGAAGUUGUCAAAGUUGAUGAUCCAGUCCAUAGAAUAAUGGAAGAGAACAGGAAAGGUUCUCAGUUACACUGUGAAGCCAGAAUGAAUUAUGGUGAACAAUUGGCCAUUCAAUUGUGCAAAAGGGAAGUUGACAAUUUGGCCAAGGUUGAAAAUUUACUCAAGACACUUCAGAUAGGGGAGCCAAACCAUUCUUUAUUUGCAGCAGAAUCCAGCAACCAGCUCGGGGUCCAUGAUGGUUGUGUGGAUUUGAGAAAGGAUCGGUUCAGAGCAAAGAAUUUCACAGCUCAGUCUAUUACCAAAGCGAAUACCACAGACAGUACUCCACUUGUUCACCUCUCUGGAAACUCUCUUAGAACACAAAAUUUAGGUUUAUAUGGAUCUUGCAGCAACAUCCAGAUAUCGCCAUUCAAUAAAUGAUUAAGAAAAGAAAUGCUACUGCCUUGGUUUCUAAUGGAAGACUGUUCAGUAUGGACCAGAGCCCAGUCUCAGGGUUCUCAUAGCAGAGAGGUCAACUGGGUUUUGUGUGAAUGUUACCCUUUCGGUGGGUGCUGGCUGAGAAGUGAAGAGCCAUCUGGUGCAUGGAGGAACUGCCACCACCAUCUGGAUCUGGAGCAGCUGCACGGAUGAGUCGCCGAAGUAUAAGCACGACAUUGCUGCAGGGUGCAUCUGCUACUAAAGAUGCAUUGCUGCAAGUGAUCAGUCAAAAGAGAGACAACAGCUGCUACAAGAGACUCAGACUUAGGGAAAGAGCAGUGUAUCAUAAAUAUCUCAACUUUGAUAGAGGGACUACUGUGAGGUACCCAGCCUGGGACAGACCAGACAUAUGGCUGUAGCAUUUGUAGACAUAUUGUACAUGGAAACACUACUGUUUUGUGUAAAAUAAGCAUACUUUUUAGAGUCCAGUAUUAUCUUACUGGCAGUACACAUUUUCUGAUAUUCGAGUCUGUUGCAAGAAAUGUAACCUAACGUCAGAAUACUGCAGUUAAAUCCUUGGAGAGAGUAUGCUACAGCAUGCUUUUCAAUUGACAGAAUGUGUGCUGUAUGAAUUCCAGAUCAGGCUGAGUUAGGAAUUCCCAUUAGGAUCUGUGGUUUGUUAAUUUACUCUUCAUUGCAGUGUUAUUAAACCUAUCCAUUAUUGCAAUUUACUUUCAAAUGUUAACUGGUGUAUCAAACAAUAGAACAGCAAAUACUGCAGAUGUAAAAAUAUUCCAUAGCUUUAUAAAGAUCCAGAGUUCUACUUAAACAUUUGGAAUCAGAUUUAUAUUUUUAAAGUUGUGGCAACAGAAAUGGUUAUUUUGAAAGUCAUACAAAUUUUGAAGGUCUCACAACAUUCGGUGCUCAAAAAGUUUAAUAAAACUCACGACUGUUAAGAGGUGCAUGCUUCCUACGUGAAAUAUGUAAUUUUUCGAAUUGAUGCCACUUUUAAAUAUUGGUGCAUGCAGUAGAAGAGAUCCUGUGUCAAUUAUGCCUGGAAUACUUCAAGCUUACUCAGAAAGACAAUAGCCAAUUGCUAUUUCCAACACAAAUAACUACUGGCAUCAAAUAGCAAUUAGAUCAUGUAGAUCAACUGGUUUUGAUUUUCCAUUGAAAAUUCAGAACUUAACAGCAAAAUCCCACAAGCUAGUACUUUGCAAGUAACUAUUGCUUUCAUGAUGGAAGUGCCAAUUUAAGAGAGAAGGGAUUAAAUACAAUUUAAAUCUAGGUGUUAGGAAAUACUUGAAUGUUUUACUGGUUUGUAAAUAAAUGAAACACAUUAAUCUGCUAAGUCUUGCAGAUCUAGUCGUGAUGUAUCGUAUUGCCAAAUGUUGCUUUAAUUCUUGUGGAAGUGUUAAACAAACUAAAGCCAUAUAUAUAUUGACCAGGAAUGAAUGCAUUGUAGAGGUGGGUGCCAACACCUUGUAGAACAGUGCAUCUUUGUUUUGAGACAUUGGUUUGAAAUUCAACUCAAUACACAUGAACACUUCUUCUGUUGAAUAGGUGUUUACAGUCCCUCGCAAACUGAUUCUGGGUAACCUUAGCCCCAUUACCAUUAGAUAUGAAUCUAAUGCAAAGAUUUUGUCAAAAUUCAUUUCAAAGAGAAACACUGUUCUUAACUGCUUUCCUAAUCUCUGGACUGCAGCACAGUGUUAGUCCAUUGUGAGGGGAGCAUUAAAUUGUUUCUGUCUUGUGCUAUUGUUGACCAAUACCUAUUUAAUACUACCACAAAACAUGUCUUCCAUUUUCUAAUAUUGCUAAUCUUUACAUCAGUGAUUCAAGAGUCAUUUUUCAUCUGCAUUCCAGAAACUUUGACUUUCCCAAUUCAACUACCAUCAAAAUGUUCAAUUCUAGGAAGUAGAAGGUAAUUACAGAAACAAGAAAUAAGUAUUUCAUACCAUUUACAACAGCUAUCUGAGAAGGAAGCAUAAUAGUAUUAAAAAUAAGCAUUAGAAUACAAAACAGAAGUUCAUAUAGGAAAACCAAGGACAAGGAUUAAAAUCUCAAAGCAAAAUGAAAGGCAAAAUGUGAAAUCUAAGAGAUGUGAUUCACUUCUAGGAAGCCAAUAGUAUAGAUAAUUGAGAAUUCAAGUGGAAGAUAAUACAGAAAACUACUAUAUCAUUUGAUUUGUUGAUCCAGGUUUUGCCACAGAGAAAUAGAUAACAGUGCUUCUUGAGAAGGUAGGCAGUGGGAAGAAAGGCCCCAAACUAAAUAACUUAAAUGAAAAAUGACUUAUUGUCUGAAAGAAUUUGAAUUAAUGCAUGAAAAAUCAUCCAUAAAUAUGGACCAUAACCAACUUAGAAUAUUGAAUGAAGAUACAUACUAAUUCAAAGUUUGUGAGAAGAUUUGUAGCUCGGCUGCUCGUUGUUGUGGUUCUGUUCACCGAGCUGGGAAUUUG